AUGGUUAAUCCAGUUGAGAACAAUCUUAAUAUCGUCGCCGAACCCAUUACAGAGAUUGUUCAAGAUGAAACGAGAAGCAGAAAGUUGGGAAUAGAGAUGAAGAGACAGAACAGAAGAGCAUUGGGUGUGAUUAAUCAGAAUCUCGUCAGUGCAAAAGCGUAUCCUUGCGUUGUUAACAAGAGAAGAGGCUUAUCUGAGAGGCAACAAGAAGGAUGUGAGAAGAAGAAGAUUGAUUCGUUACAUCCCUCACUUUCAAGAUCUCAAGAAGAGGUGAAGAAGCUGAAGCCAUCGAUCCCAAGUGGAAACGAGUUUGGUGAUUGUAUAUUCAUUGAUGACGAUGAAGAGGAGGAGAAUGAAGCUACAUUGGACCAACAACCUAUGCCAAUGUCACUGGAGGAACCUUACUUUGAAUCUGAUUCAAUGGAGGAAGAAGUUGAGAUGGAGGAUAUAAUAGAGGAAGAGGAUGAAGAAGAACCAAUUUUGGAUAUUGACGAACAUGAUGCAAACAACCCUCUUGCAGUUGUUGAAUAUGUCCAAGAUCUAUACGAAUUCUACCGUAAAAAUGAGAGAUUUAGUUGUGUUCCUUUAGAUUACAUGGCGCAACAGUUUGAUAUAACCGAUAAAAUGAGAGCAAUUCUUAUUGAUUGGCUCAUCGAGGUACAUGACAAAUUUGAGCUAAUGAACGAGACAUUGUAUCUAACAGUGAAUCUGAUAGAUAGAUUCUUGUCCAAGCAAGCUGUUGCAAGAAAGAAGCUUCAGCUUGUUGGUUUAGUUGCAUUGCUCUUAGCUUGCAAGUACGAAGAGGUUUCUGUACCUAUCGUUGAAGAUUUAGUCGUCAUUUCCGACAAAGCUUAUACACGGCAAGAUGUUUUAGAAAUGGAGAAGAUUAUGCUUAAUACACUGCAGUUCAACAUGUCGUUACCUACACAAUACCCUUUCUUGAAGAGGUUCCUCAAGGCAGCUCAAUCAGACAAGAAGCUUGAGAUAUUGGCAUCGUUCUUGAUGGAGCUUGCUCUUGUGGACUACGAGAUGCUAAGGCAUCCACCAUCGCUACUAGCCGCGAGUGCAGUGUACACAGCUCAAUGUACAAUCCAUGGCUUCAACGAAUGGAGCAGCACUUGCGAAUUCCACAGUCACUACUCUGAACAUCAACUCCUAGAAUGUAGUAGAAGAAUGGUGAGUCUGCAUCAAAAGGCAGCGACAGAUAAACUAACAGGAGUACAUAGAAAAUACAGCUCCUCUAAAUUCGGAUACAUAGCCAGAAAAUACGAAGCUGCACACUUUCUCGUGUCGGAAUCUCACAAGCUAUAG